UGUCAGUUCUUUCCCACAUGUCUAGCUCUGCCUCUUGAAAGGAGAGGUGUGCUAAUACCUCCGUGCCAGGCCCCCAGACAGUCACUCUUUAGCCUGCCCUCGACUCUCCAACACCAGCCAUGCAGAGUGUAUCGUCAGCGCUGCUGCUCUUCAGCCUGCUAUUCCUGAGUCAGGAGUAUGGAGCCCUGGGGACAGAGACUCUCCGACACGCCGCCGCCAUAUCAGCCGGCCUGUGUCAGACGCACCCCACAGACCUGGUAUUCAUCCUCGACUCGUCUCGCAGCGUGCGCCCCUCCGAGUACGAGCAGGUCAAAGUCUUCGUGUCCAAGGUGAUCGAGUCCCUCAACGUGGGCCCCAACGCCACCCGCGUCGGCGUGGUCAACUACGCGAGCCAGGUGAAGAAUGAGGUGUCGCUCAAGACCCACCGCAACAAGGCGGCCCUGUUGAAGGCGGUCAGCAAGAUCGAGCCUCUGUCCACCGGCACCAUGACCGGCCUCGCCAUACAGUUCGCCAUCAACGUGGCCUUCAGCGAGGGCGAGGGUGCCCGGGUGCGCUCCCCAGACGUCAGCAAGGUGGCGAUAAUCGUGACGGAUGGGCGCCCCCAGGACAACGUGAAGGACGUCUCCGCCCGCGCCCGCGAAGCUGGCAUUGAGAUGUUUGCGAUCGGCGUGGGGCGCGUGGACAUGCACACGCUGAAGCAGAUCGCCAGCGAGCCGCUGGAGGAGCACACUGACUAUGUGGAGAGCUACAGCUUCAUCGAGAAACUCGCACUGAAGUUCCAGGAGGCCUUCUGCGUGUCUGACCUGUGUGCCACCGGAGACCACGACUGUGAGCAGAUCUGUGUCAGCACCCCCGGCUCCUACAAGUGUGCCUGCAACGACAGCUUCACCCUUCAGGAGGACGGCAAGACCUGCAGCGCCUGCAGUGCUAAAGCCACAGACGUGGUCUUCCUGAUUGACGGCUCCAAGAGCGUGCGGCCCGAGAACUUUGAGCUGGUCAAGAAGUUCAUCAACCAGAUCGUGGACAAGCUGGACGUGUCGGAGACGAAGUCGCACGUGGGGCUGGUGCAGUACUCCAGCUCGGUGAGGCAGGAGUUCCCGCUGGGCCGCUUCAACACCAAGAAGGACCUGAAGGAAGCAGUGAAGAAGAUGUCCUACAUGGAGAAGGGCACCAUGACCGGUCAGGCCCUGCGUUACCUGCUGGACAGCAGCUUCACCCCCAACCACGGGGCCCGGCCCGGCGUGACCAAAGUGGGCAUCGUCUUCACGGACGGGCGAUCCCAGGACUACAUCGGAGAGGCCGCCAAGAAGGCCAAGGAGCUCGGCUUCAAGAUGUACGCGGUGGGGGUGGGGAACGCAGUGGAGGACGAGCUGAAGGAGAUCGCCUCCGAACCCAUCGCAGAGCAUUACUUCUACACAGCUGACUUCAAGACCAUCAACCAGAUCGCUAAGAAGCUGCACUUCAAACAGUGCGAGGAAGAGAACCCAUGUGAGUGCGAGUCCAUCGUCAAGUUCAACACCAAGAUAGAAGAAGACAUAGCAGCACUAACGAAAAAAUUGGAUGCCGUGACAAAGAGGAUUGCCACGCUGGAGAACAGGAUUGUUUAAAGACGUCGAGCACCCCCUCCCCGUCCUCGUCCUUGUUUUAAACAUCAUAUUGUAACAUACUGAGAGUCCUGGCAUGUACUCAGCUUUCCCUAUUGUAUCCCAACCCUGUCCAGCUUUGCCUUCACACAAGCCUCUGGGGUGGAAGACUUGAGCAUUGUAUAGAGUGCCAUUGAGCGAGAAACCUUGUAUAAAUGCAGAAAUAGCAACGUAUUUAAAGCUUAAUAUGUGUCUCUGCACAUCGAGAUAUUUAUUGAUAUACAGAGAUGACGAUUCUAGUGUUAUUGUUUCUGUGUGUCUGCUUACAUCUCUGUCCUUUUAAGUUGUAAAACACUAAAGUAUCUAUUAUAUGUAAUAUAGAUAUAUAUAUAUAUACAAAUAAUUUAAUAUAUGAUUGGACAUUGCAAAGUUGUGGAUGCAUUUUUUUAAUGACAAACGUAAAAAUAAUUGUACAAAGAAAAAUAUAGGCAACACUCUAGGUUAAACGAUAAUAACGCCCCUAUAAGUGUGCAAUACUUUUUAUAACUGGUUCUUGUACACAGUGUUAAAAGAGCAUGCAAGGCAUUGAAUAAACAUGAUGCUUUCCUGAGCUUUACAAUAGCAGGUGAAGCUGGAAGACGUAGUGUGAUCCUUGUUAAUAACUGUCAUUACUUCUAAUGCCAUUUCUCUAGAUGUUUGAUUUGUUUUCUUAAAACAAAAGUGUAACCACAAAGGCUGCCACUUCCAGCUUGAUGCUGGAGAUGUCUGUUCAUUGCCAGUGUGUGUGUUUGUAUUGAGUCCCCGCUCCCAGCAGGAGCCAGGCGCUGUGAGCUCUCAUUGCGAGGGUGCGAGGGGUGCGCUGGGCUGCUUCCUUCAUUCCGUUACGCUCUGUAUAACCAUGGAUCUUUAUUCACUGACUUUCCAAACUUUCAUGAUUAAAAAGAAGCUUUUGUACUUAA